UCGGAAGUGUCCUCGAGUAGCUACAUUUGUUGUGCAGAAAACUACAGUUAAUUGACGCUUUGUGGACAUAUUCUAAUUUUAACACAUACAAACAACAAAAAAUACAUAUAUUUAGCAGCUGGUGAAGCAGUCAGGUCAUGAUGACCACCCUCGUCCAUGACACCACUGAGGCGGUGUGUCUGUGUCAGGAGUACAACCUGUUCCUGAAACCCAUCGCCAAGAUGACGUUGAGUGUGGCACUGCCCCAGCUGAAGCUCCCUGGGAAGAGCAUCUCUAACUGGGAGGUGAUGGAGAGGGUGAAGGCCAUGGUGGCUCCUGAACAGUUCUCUGCCCUCAGGAUCUCUAAGAGCACCAUGGACUUUAUCCGCUUCGAGGGCGAGGUGGAAAACAGAGGGGUGGUGAAGAUCCUACUGGCCAAACUGGAUGGCAAGAGCAUCAAACUCAGCGGCUUCACUGACAUACUCAAGGUGCGUGCAGUGGAGAAUAAGAUGGACUUCCCGACACGUUAUGACUGGGACUCGUUCUUCCGUGACGCCAAGGACAUGAACGAUACGGUUCCAGGGGAGAGGCCAGACACCAUCCGCUUGGAGGGCCUGCCCUGCCGCUGGUUUACCUUGCCUGACGGUCCCCCUGAUCGGCCCUCCGAGAUGGCCCUGCAGACCAUCUUCCGGGGCUUUGGUCAGGUGCGUCAUGUAGACAUCCCCAUGUUGGACCCGUACAGAGAGGAUACUCUUGAUAAGAACUUCAACACCUUCACCUUCGGCGGCCAUCUUAACUUUGAGGCGUACGUCCAGUACCAGGAGUACGAUGGCUUCGCCAAGGCCAUGGACACACUGAGAGGCAUGAAGCUCAUGUACAAAGGAGAGGACGGCAAGGCUGUGGCCUGCAACAUCAAGGUGACCUUUGACACCAGUAAGCACCUGAGUGACGUGGCUCUGAAGAGACGGCAGCAGGAACGACUGAGAAUACUGGAGUUGGAGAGACAGAGGGAGGAGCUGAAACGCAAGGAGAAGGAGGAAGAGGAGAGACAGAAGGAGGAGGAGAGGAAACAGAAGGAGGCGGAGGAGGAGGAAAAGGAACGGAGGAGGGAGGAGAGGAUACGGAAACGAGAGCAGAAGCUGAGAGACCGGGAGGAGAGGAGAAACCUAAAGAAGGUGAAGAGGAGACAGGAGGAGGAGCAGAAGAAGUUGCAGAUGAAGAUUGCGACGGAGGAGAGAAGGCUGUUGUUGGCUCAGAGGAACUUGGAGUCUAUACGCCUUAUCGCUGAACUACUGGGCAGGGCCAAGGCUCUAAAACAGCAACAGCAGGAGAAGGAGAGAGUGGAGAGAGAGGAGCGAGAGAAAGAGGAGUUAGCCAGGCAGAAGGAGGAGUUAGCCCGGCUGGAGCAGCUUGAGGCCUGCAGGCGGGAGCAGGAGGCGGAGUUGAGACGUGUGGAGUUAGAGAAAGGGCGUGCCUUGGAUCUGCAGCGCAGAGAGAGGGAGCUGAGGGAGAGACUGGUUGGUAACCUGCUGAAGAAGGCUGGAGGAGAGGGAGAAAACCAGACCUCCACCCAGUCCUCAGCCCUGACCAUGCACAAGGGAGACAGCUCCGACCUGAGUAAGACAGGCAGGGCCCUGGGGGUGAACGGGGAGAGACCCAGAGCUAUGGUACGAUCACACGUCACUGAGAAACAGAUAGGAGAUGGGGAGGAGAGGCGAGGAGGCAUGGAGGAGAGGAGAGGUAAUGAAUGUAGAAGCAGAGAGGCGAGGGAGAAACCUAGAGAAAGGGAGAGGAGUCGGUCCCAUAGCCAGUGUAGGAGGAGGUACAGCCGGAGACGAAGAAGCUCCAGCAGAAAGAGGAGUGAUAGUCGAAGGAGGAAGAGAAGUCAUAGUUCUAAGAGGAGAAGCGAAAGCAGACGGAGAAGUCGCAUUUCUAAGAGGAGAAGCGAUAGCAGACGGAGGAGUGGUAGUCGUAGCCACAGGAGAGACAGUCACCAUGGACGGGGCCGCAGCAGCAGAAGCACCAGCCAUGAUUGGAGCAGAAGCUCUAGUGAGAGGAGCCACAGCAGAGGCAGGAGGGGCCAAAGACAUAGUCGACAUAAAGACAGCCGAAGCAGAUCUAGUAGCAGCAGCUCUAGGAAUAGAGAGAAGAGGAGGGAGAAGGACAGGAGUACAGAUAGGAGUAGAGACAGGGACUCCAGGAAGCGUAGUAGGAGUCGUUCUCAUUCCAGACGACACUAAACGCAGCCAGAGGAGACAGAAGAGGACCCUAUGUCUGGGUCUAGUUUAAGUGAUGCAUGGUCAGGCAUUCUAGUAUGCUACUGUCUCUGGGCCAUAUCAGCUUCUUACACACACACCUCUUUCUCUCGCUCUCUCUCUCUCCCCCCAAUGCUCUUUGUUCAUCUCUAGUUGGUUUAUUUACUGAAUUUAAAAAAUGCUAUACUGCUAUUAUGUUCUGUUUGACACAUGUAGAUUCCAUAUGUACUGAAGAUUGAUCACGCGGUUGGUAUGUGUCUCCUGUGUAGAAAGACAUAGAGGAAGGACACAGAAAAAAUACUUGAUCUUUCUGGGUCUUGUGUUUUGUCUGUGUGGUUUGUGUUUCAGAAGAACAGCUUUAGUUGGAUUCUGGGAAUUGUAGUUAAGUAUUAGUGCUUCAGCAGGAUGCAGGGAUCUGUAGUCCUAUGGGAAAAUGUCACAAGGUCUAGAACAGUAGAUCGACAGCUGUAGUUUAAGUCAAGCUUUUUACUCUAGGAUAAAGUAGUGGGGUAUUAAACAACUGACCGACGUUGGUUCAAUUACUUGAAUUCUAUUUAGUUUGUGCCGUUUUUCUAGAGAGAAAUCGAAUCACUCACUAGAGAAAUCGAAGCCAAAUACUUACAGGCUAAAGAUGACCAGAUGUCAUGUUUCUGAGUUCCGCGUUUGACCACCAGACGAGACCGUAGUUUUAGUUCUAACCUGGUUAAAUGAUAAUGUCACUAUGGCUCCUCCUCCCUCAGAACUAGAAGCACAAGCAUUUCGCUACACUCGCAAUAACAUCUGCUAACAAAUAAAAUGUUAUUUGAUAGUGUCACUAUAACAUAAAGUGGUUCAUAAACAUAAAGUGUAUGAUUUAACCUGUCUAGGACUGGGGUUCCGCUAUACAAAUCAACAGAAAUCUCAUAAAUCAAAUUUCUCAAACAUACAAGUAUUAGGCACCAUUUUAAAGAUAACAUUCUCCUUAAUCCAGCCACAGUGUCUGAUUUCAAAAAUGCUUUACAGCGAAAGCUCCACAAACGAUUGUUAGGUCACCACCAACUCACAGGAAAAACCCAGCCUUUUUUCCCGCCAAAGAGGGUGAGUCGCAAAAAGCACAAAUAGAGAUACAAUUAAUCACUAACCUUUGAUGAUCUUCAUCAGAUGACACUCAUAGGACUUAAUGUUACACAAUACAUGUAUAUUUUGUUCUGUAAAGUUCAUAUUUAUAUCCAAAAAUCUUAUUUUACAUUGGCGUGUUACGUUCAGUAGUUCCAAAACAUGCAGUGAUAUUGCAGAGAGCCACAUGAAUUCAAAGAAAUACUCAUUAUAAAUGUUGAUGAAAAUGCAAGUGUUAUGCAUGGAACUUUAGAUAAACAUCUCCUUAAUGCAACCGCUGUGUCAGAUUUUUUCAAAACUUUACGGAAAAAGCAUUAUCUGAGAACGGCGCUCAGAGCCCAAACCAGAAAUUUCCGCCAUGUUGGGUAGUCAACAUUAUUCAUAAAUAGCAUAAAUAUUCACUUACCUUUGAUGAUCUUCAUCAGAAUGCACUCCCAGGAAUCACAGUUCCACAAUAAAUGCUUGUUUUGUUUGAUAAUGUCCAUUUAUGUCCAUUUAUGUCCAAUAGCUUCUUUUUUUAGGGCGUUUGGUAAACAAAUCCAAAAGCGUGAUCUGGUCCAGUCGGACAAAACGUUCAAAAAGUUAUAUUACAGGUCGAAGAAACUUGUCAAACAAAGUAUAGAAUCAAUCUUUAGUAUGUUUUUAUCAUAAAUGUUCUAUAAUGUUCCAACCGGAGAAUUCCAUUGUCUGUAGAAAAGCAAUGGAACGAGAGCUACCUCGCAUGUGAACGCGCCUGACCGAGAACGAGGCUGCUGGCAGACCCCUUAGUCAAACAGCUCCCAUCCGGCCCCGCUUCACACGAGAAGCCUGAAACAAAGUUCAAAAGACGGUUGACAUCUAGUGGAAGCCUUAGGAAGUGCAAAAUAACCCAUAUCCCACUGUGUAUUCGAUAGGGGUGAGUUCAAAAACUACAAACCUCAGAUUUCCCACUUCCUGUUUGGAUUUUUUCUCAGGUUUUUGCCUGCCAUAUGAGUUCUGUUAUACUCACAGACAUCAUUCAAACAGUUUUAGAAACGUCAGAGUGUUUUCUAUCCAAUACUAAUAAUAAUAUGCAUAUAUUAGCAUCUGGGACUGAGUAGGAGGCAAUUCACUCUGGGCACGCUAUUCAUCCAAAAGUAAAAAUGCUGCCCCCUAUCCCAAACAAGUUCAAGUUCAGUGUCAGCCGUGUUCUGGUGACUGUGUUUAACAGCACCAACCCCAGACGGAAGCCUAGUUUCACCAUGUUCAUUAUUUUAAUCGUGUCCCUGCUAAAGUUCUGUGGAUAAGAACAUUUUAAGUUGCCUUAUUGAUGAAAGUAUGUAAAACAGAGCAGAGUGGUGUGGUGUGAGUGGGUAAUGUUGUAUAUAGGUUAUAUAAAGGUCAGGGUGUCAGGAAGCUCAUCAGUCUGUACUGUAUAUUCUCAUGUUUCUCUGCUCUGAUGGGCGGCAGCAUGUCUUCAACACACUUGUAAUUUUAUUUGUUGUAAUAAAGAAAGUACAAAAACGUAGUGAUUUAUUUCAGAUGUAUAUUCUGACUGAAUGUGUGGAUAGCCUACUAACCUAAUACCUACUUGGAAUGGACAUCAAUGCUUGAUCUUUAACCAGAGAUUUAAACAAAUAUAUAUUCUACAUUGUUUAAACUAUUUGGUGGAAUGUGCUUUGUGGCUGCCCGAACGGGCAAGUUACAUUUUGUCUUGGAGACGAUGUUAAUUUGCUUUGACUCUAGUGUUGUAUUUGUGGGGCAAAACAAAAAUAAACAAAGCCAAGCAUCA